AUGACCGACGGCAGUCCCAAAACCAACAGAAGUCUCCAUUCUGUGCGGACGAAAGAUUUGGGCUUCUUCCCUUCAAGCGGCGAUGGGACGCAAAGUGCAACAAUGACGAGGCAUGUGAGCUCCGUCAGUACCUGCGACUCCCUCACCAAAGUUCCUUCACCAGUUCCUUCACCAGCCCUGGAGCGGAAAAAUUCAAAGUCCAGUUUGGGCGGCCUUCCCGAUGCUAGACCAGAGAAGCCUGCAGAUAGCGACAGGAAAGAGAAGUCUGUAGCUUUGAUGCUGGCAAAAUGCAUGCAGAGCAGUCUGAAGCUUCCUGGCACAGACAGCCCUUGCAAAGAGCCACCAAGCCCAGACGCGGGUCGGAGUCCUUUGUCUGCUGCCUCGGGGCUGGUGCUGUCCCCGAAGCCUCAGACUGCCAAAAGCCGCCGUGACUCGGAAACGCAGCCACUUCUGCUGCCGAACGAGUUCAAGUCGAGGCUAUUGCAGAGGCAAGGGACGAGCCCGCCUUCGCUGGGAAGCAUAAGGCGCGGCUUUGACUCUCCAGUUUCCAGAUCGCCUACCCCGAUGCCCUCAUUUCAUCCGGAAAAGGACCUUCGCAUGAUGGACGAGAAGGAAAAGAUCUUUGACCUGUAUCUUUGGAACGAGGUCUUGCAGGAGGAAGGGGACGGCGGCAAAGUCGUCGUCUGUGAGCCAAAGCCUAUCCAUUCAGAUGUGCCGUUCCGAACGUAUGUCAUGAAGAUGCGGUCCAAGAAGUCCCUACGCGAGGCUUCCAUGGAAGAGCAGUUCAGAAAGUCUUUGUUCAACCUCCUGAACUUGCCUGAACAUGUUGGCGUUCUUCCCCUCCAAGAGGUGCUGGAAGACAACCAGUUUUACUACAUUGUUAUGGAGCAGGCCACUGGAGGUUCAUUUUUCGGUGGCUUGUUGAAAGAGUUUGAGGAUGGAGUGAUGCCUCCUCAAGAAGUUCGGCGGUUGAUGCGCGGGAUCCUUGAGGCGAUUGGGCACGUCCACGAGCAGGGCAUGAUUCAUCGUGACCUGAAGCCGGACAACUUGGUCAUGCGAUUGUGCGACGAUGACAUGAGUCCAACAGGCAAGUCUCGUCAAGUGGCCAUCAUUGACUUCGAUCAUGCUGACCCAGACUACAAGGCCUCUGCAAAGACUCCGAGAUCCUGCGAGUACUUUUGCGGCACUGUUUAUUUCAGUGCGCCUGAAGCCUUCCUGGGCUACUUCUCGCCCGCCAGCGAUCUCUAUAGCAUAGGCAUCAUUCUUUACCUCUUGAUGGCGGGGAAGAUGCCCUUUGACAACGCCCUGUUUCAAGAGGAAAUGUCUGUGCUUCAACAGUCCCCGAAAAGCCGCGGCUGGACCAUGAAUGUGUACAGGCGAUUAAAGGCAGAGCCUAUUGACUGGAGGUGUGACCCCUGGCCAAAGCAGCCUUUGUGCUGCAGCUUCUGCCAGUGGCUCCUGGCUUUUGAGCCAGGCAAAAGGCCAUCGUCGGCUGAAGAGGCGCUGCAGCAUGAGUGGUUUGUCGAUGAUUGA